AUGUUGUGCCCAAGAGAAUUUAACAUUGCUGACUUACCUUCGCAAGGUUGUAGUGGAGCAGCACUGGUUAACGACGAAUGGUUCCAUGGUCCUAAAUUCCAGAAGUUAUCAGAAGAAAACUGGCCGAAACCUUCUCGAUGUAAUGGAGCAGAAUGUGAAAUCGCAUUAUCGGAAACGGUAAAAUCAGUCAACAAGUCAACAAAUCAUUCCUUUACAGUCUUAGAGAAGAAACAUAACACAGUUAAUGUCGGAAGGGUGGUGGAUUGUCAUCGAUAUAGUUCGAGAACACGAUUAUUACGAGUGACGGCUUACGUAUUUAGGUUCGUAAGGAGAAUUAAAGGACAAACCGUAGAUAGAACGUUAGAACUAUCAGCAGACGAACUGGUCGAAGCCGAACAGAUAUGGAUAGAGGAUAUUCAGAACAAUAUGUUUCCCGAAGAAGUUAAACAAUUAAUUAAUCGUACGAAAACUUCCAGCUCAAGGCUUGAUCAACUACGUUUAUUUCUGGACGAAAAAGGAAUGAUACGCAGUGAAGGACGAAUUGAACAUUCUUCUAUUUCUUCUGAAGCUAAGAAACCUGUACUCCUUCCCGCAAAGCAUCACGGUACAGAUUUGAUCAUCCAAGAACAUCACGAUUCAGCAAACCACACUGGUAUUAAAGGAACACUGAACCGUAUUCGAGAAAGAUAUUGGAUCCUACAUGGAAGGCAACCAGUCAAGCGAGUUCUACGUAAAUGUGUGACUUGUAAAAGAUUAGAAGGGAAGCCGUACCCUACGUCCAAGACUCCGCACCUACCAUCUUGGCGAACAAGUGAUGACCCUCCCUUUAGUUUCACAGGACUGGAUUUCGCUGGACCCCUCAACGUACAAGAGAACACAAAAUGUUGGCAACAAUCAACAAAAAGUCAUACAUCGCUCUAUUUACUUGUGCGUCAAUACGUGGAAUUCAUGUAGAACUGCUUCCGAGUGUAUCAGCCGAAGGAUUUUUACAAGCAUUUCGUAGAUUUUCAGGUCGGAGAGGACUUCCAAGAAUGAUAAUUUCAGAUGACGCAAAGACAUUUAAAUCCGCCAGCAAGGAACUGUAAAAAAUUAAGCGUUCUCCCCAAGUGCAACAACAUCUCGCAAACAAUGGCGUUUCUUGGAAAUUCAUUAUCGAAAAGGCCCCAUGGCACAGGGGUUUUUGGGAACGUUUGAUAAAGAGUGUUAAAGAUGCCUAAAAAGGUCCAUUGGUCGAGCUACGUUAUCGUUUGAAGAGUUACGCACGAUCUUGAUCAAGAUUGAGUUAACGUUAAAUAAUCGUCCAAUUACGCACAUAUAUGACGAUGAAGAAGGGAUAUCCUACCCCCUUACGCCAUCUUGUCUACUUUAUGGACGGAGAACGACGACUACGUCAAGCGAUAGAUAGUUCGAGAUAGUGAGCACAAACGAGUCUUUGACAAGACGAGCUCGACAUCACAAAACUCUACUAAAGGAAUUCACUAAACAAUGGAGACGAGAAUAUCUGCUAAGCAUUCGCGAAGCAGCGAGCUUGAGUAACAACGGUACAAGGGACGUAAUUGCCGAAGGAGACAUUGUAAUUUUGAAGAACGAGAGCACGAAAUGGUUAUUUUGGAAAAUAGCCAAGGUCGAAGAGCUUAUUCGAAGUAUUGACGGUGUUGUAAGAUCAGCGAAGAUUCGAGUGUUGAACAGUGAGACUCGAAAGCCUAUCAUCAUACGAAGACCUAUACAACAUUUAAUCCCAUUGGAAAUUCGCUCGAAAUUCGGUAACAAGAAGAAGGAGAACUAG